AUGUUGUCUGUGGAGGUGACGUCCUUGGGUACAUUCGGUGCUACCGCCAACGACACGGUGACCGUGACCAUCCAGGACAUAAACGAUAACUAUCCUACGUUCAGCAGCUCCCACUACGAAGCUACCAUCCAGGAAAACAUGCCGGCAGGGAUACCCAUCACCUUCACGACACAACCAGUACAUGUGGAGGAUUUGGACCAGGGGGACAACGCCAAGCUAUCGCUGACACUGGAUUCAUAUUCAUCGACGUACUUUGAGAUUGCCCCGUCCACUGUCCAGGGGUCAGCAAACCUGCUGAUCAGAGUGAAGGAUAACACCAUCCUGGAUUAUGAACAGAGACAUAGCAUUACACUGACGGUUUGGGCCAACGAAACCUCCACACGAGAGAGAAACAGUGCAUCUACCACCAUUCAGCUGAAUAUAACAAAUCAGAAUGACAACAUUCCCAACUUUACCGCGUCAGAAUACAGCGCAUCUGUCCGGGAGGCAUCUGUCCAGGAGGGUAGCAGCGUCUCCACAUCUGUCAUCACCGUCAAGGCUAUAGACUACGAUCUGCCGAACUUCGGAUUUGUAUCUUAUGCACUACGGGGUGGCGACGGAAUGUUCUCCAUCGAUUCCUCUGGUCUCGUAACUGUGGCCUCUUACCAGCUGGACAGAGAGACCAAGUCUGUGUACUACAUAUCGGUGGAGGCCACAGACCCCGGAGGAUUGAAGGACACCGCUCAGCUCACUGUCAACAUCACCGACGUCAACGACAAUCCACCGGUAUUCAGAAGAGACUACGACGGGUAUUUGAAAGAAAAUGAAACCUCCUUUAGUAAACCUAUCAUUGUGUCGGUAAGUUUACCAAAUGCAAGUUCCCUCAGGAAACUAGUAUAG